AUGGCUUCCUCAAAGGACUCCAAGAAAGCACCCGACUUUGGGUUGAAAGGGGCUGCCUGUGCCACAGACAUGAGUUUCUUUGGAUACGAUCAAGGUCUUUUUUCAGUAACACCCUCCACUGUCACUGCCAUCUACGAUGUUGGAUGUUUCUUCGGCGCACCCGUGGCCUUCAGUAUUGGGAAGCGCCUCGGUCGAAAGAAGUCAACCCUACUAGCAACCACCCUUACGACGAUCGGCACCCUUCUCAAGUGCGUGUCGUACAGUCUUCCACAGAUAUUUGUUGGUUGGGUAAUUCUCGGUUUCAGAAAUGAGAUCAAUACAUCAACAGCGCCAACCUGGCAAACAGAGACUUCCGCACCCAAAUGGAUAUGGAGGCUCGUUUUCCUGGAAAUGGUCAUGAACAUCCUUGACUUCUCUAUGGUCAACUGGAUCAACUACGGCCUUUCAUUUGCCGGUGGCGCGACUCCGUGGCUUUAUCCUCCAGAACUCAACUCCCUCCAAAUGCGGAACAAGGGAGCUGCUGUGGCGACGGCAACGAAUUGGGUCACGAACUUCGUCAUCGUGGAAAUUACUCCUAUUAGAAUCCAGAAUAUCUGUUGGAAGUUCUGGAUUGUCUGGACAGUGUUCAACGCCGCCUUUUUGCCAGCCAUCUAUUUCUUUUACCCAGAAACGGCGAAUCGUACCCUGGAAGAUAUAGACGCAUACUAGCGUACGAAUCCGUCGUUGAUCGUCGUCAAUGACCCGGAUGCCCUCUCUGUCAAACUCCCGUUAAAGCACAUCGAGCACGAAGACCAUGAGGUGAGAAGAUUGGGAAAGUCAGGACGAAGGCCGAUAGUCUUAUGGUAGAACAUGUGGAAUAAGUAAGAUAGUGUGAAUUUUGGUUGUAACGUUCAAGAUGGGUGGGCAGGUGAAUUAAACCUGACAUGUACGAUGGUGUGAUAUAUUUUGAGAUAUAUUUUUGCAAGCGAAUUGUUUGUUAUUCAAAUCCUCAAUCAUAGCUACGCUGUACAAGAAAAGCAGUACAGCCAAAC